AUGGGAACUGGGUCAUCUCCUGAAGCCUCUUCUUCGAGUUCUGCGCCGGGAGCGGUUGCACCCUCGGUCAUUCCGGCGUACGACGCUCGGCCAGAUGCCUUGAACGCUGAUGCGACUUACAACCCAAUCCCCCAGAACAUUGCGCCUAUUUGGCCCGAUGGAACCCCUCUGGAUAUUAGCAUUUAUGUUGCGCCGUCACUAGCGAUGCCUCCCUUGGAGAAGAUGCCCCCGACAUCACUUGUCGCGAAUGAGCAUGCUUUCAAGAUAGGAGCCGGAGGCGACAAGCGCGAGAUUCAUACAAGCUUUCCUGUCCCGGAAGAGGUUCAGAAUAAUGGAACCCUGUGGGCGCAUAUAUAUGUCGCUAAAACUGGUCAUCCCCUUGAUCCUGCUGCGCCAAACUAUGAUUUCUCAAAUGCCUAUCAUAUUGUUCAACCUCUGAACCAUUAUCUGGCUAAGAAGAAGGUGGCUAAGACACGCAAUCUGCUCAGCGGAUCGAACGCCACGGUGGAAGAAGAGUCGGAGCAAGCAAAGGAAGAGAGCAAGAGCCGUCCUGUUCUGUCAUACUACCAUUCGAACUUUACCUUGUCGGUGGUUCCUAACGCUGGCAUCAUGAAUUAUCCGACUUUGCAUCCUGCGAUGCAAAAGUAUGUCCAUGUCGUAAGCUCAGAUGCACGAGAUGCAAGUGGGCAAAAUAGCUGGUAUUACCCAAUUUUCUUCUUGAACACUUUCUGGCAAUUACGCGAUCAUAUGGUGGAAUUGAACUCGACGGUCAAACAAGUUCCACUCCAUAUCACUCUGAACAACCUAAAGUAUUGGAAAUUCAGUCUGUAUUCAAGCUUAGAUGAAGGACUCAAGCAACAACAGCGCCAAGUGGCGAGCGGUGGUCCGAUUGGUCCUUCUGGUGACGGCAGCGAGAUGGAAGAGUUCAAACGCAUCUUGAUAGAUACGAAUGUCUACCUUCUCAGCACCACUGUGGUGGUGAGCAUCUUGCACACCAUAUUCGAGAUGCUGGCCUUCAAGAGUGACAUUUCACACUGGCGCAAUAAGAAGGACAACGUCGGAAUCUCAUUCCGCAGCAUUCUAGCCAAUGUUUUUAUGCAGACAGUCAUCUUUUUGUACUUGGUCGACAACAGCGAUGGUACGUCUUGGAUGAUUCUCUUUGGUCAGGGAAUGGGCAUUGUACUUGAGGCGUGGAAAAUUACCAAGACGGUUGAUGUGCGCGUGCGUCCUGCACCUGCUGGUUCAUUGAUACCGUACCGGAUCUCCUUUGAAGACAAGCACAAGCUUUCCGAGACGGAGCAAAAGACGAAGGAAUACGAUGAAAUUGCCUUCAAGUAUCUCUACCGGCUUGCGAUUCCGCUGCUUGCCGCCUAUGCCGUCUACAGCCUUGUCUACGAGACGCACAAGAGCUGGUACAGCUUUAUCAUCACGACGCUUGUGGGCAGCGUGUACGCAUAUGGUUUCCUCAUGAUGGUGCCGAGUCUGUACAUCAACUACCGUCUCAAAUCCGUGGCACACAUGCCCGCGCGAGCCAUGACGUACAAGUUCCUCAACACUUUUAUCGACGAUCUCUUUGCCUUUACGAUCAAGAUGCCUAUCCUGCAUCGCCUUGCGACACUUCGCGACGACGUCAUCUUUUUCGUCUAUUUGUAUCAAGCUUGGAAGUACAAGGUUGACUACACUCGUGUCAACGAGUUUGGCCAAGGGGGCGACGACGAGGAGGAAGACAAGAAGGAGGAACUUCCGGCAAAGCUGGCCAGUAAGCCGCUUACCUCUCCUGCCGAUGGCAAGGUUACGGAAGAAGUUGCCGCUGCCACGAGCGGAAGCAAUGUGGGAGGUGACAGUCGAAAGCGAAAGUAA